GGGGGUGGGGGGUGGAGGGGGGCGGUGGGGAGCGACUCCAACCUCCCCGGCUGCCCGAGCCUGGACGGCCGUCCCCCUGCGCGCCCCGCAGACGGGCGGGCGCGGCCGCGGAGCAUGGAUUCGGAUUCCGGGGAGCAGAGCGAGGGCGAGCCGGUGACCGCUGCAGGGCCUGAUGUGUUUAGUUCAAAGAGUCUUGCCCUUCAAGCCCAGAAGAAGAUCCUGAGCAAAAUAGCCAGCAAAACCGUGGCCAACAUGUUGAUUGAUGACACCAGCAGUGAGAUCUUUGAUGAGCUCUACAAAGUCACCAAAGAACACACCCACAACAAGAAGGAGGCCCAUAAGAUCAUGAAAGACUUGAUCAAGGUGGCCAUCAAAAUCGGGAUCCUCUACCGGAAUAACCAGUUCAGCCAGGAGGAGAUUGUGAUUGUAGAGAAGUUCCGGAAGAAGCUGAACCAGACCGCCAUGACCAUGGUCAGCUUCUAUGAGGUAGAAUACACCUUCGACAAGAAUGUGCUCUCCAGACUCCUGCACGAGUGCAAGGACCUGGUACAUGAACUAGUACAGCGACACCUGACACCCAGGAGCCAUGGGCGUAUCAACCACGUCUUCAACCACUUUGCCGAUGUCGAGUUCCUUUCCACCCUCUAUAGUCUGGAUGGAGACUGUAGGCCCAACCUCAAGAGGAUCUGUGAAGGUAUUAACAAAUUGCUAGAUGACAAAGUCCUUUGAACGGCUUCCCUCGGGGACUUGACUGCUUUCAAGUUGUUAACGUUCUGUCCGGUCCAGUGAGAAGCAAACACAAACAAACAUGCAGAAACCCUGUUAAAGAUGUUCCCAUUCUGUCCCCUUCACUCCUUGAUGCUGAGUUCUGGUAUGUUCACGCCUGAGCUCAAUGAUGAGGUCUAGUCCUUUCAGUCACUUGUAAGUGUAAGCCCAAAGGACUUUGUUCUAGUCAGAGAUGCUGGGUGGCUAAUCUCAAUGAUGAGCUCAGUUCAUCUCAGAAUGGAAGGAAUCCACAACCAGGAGCCAGAGGACAUAGGUUCAGCCACCGUCUUCAGCAGUGACCGUGACCCCUUCGUCCUCUGCGACCUGGAGUUGUGAUGCCUGCCUGCUACCUCCCAGGGCUGUUGGAAAACUCUUACUAUAUUCUGGGUGUGAGAGGCUAAACCUAGAUGGAGGCGUCUAGACCAUGAAGCAGCACAGAAGAAAAGAAUAACAGAGUCUAAGGGGCGGGGCUUGUCACCUGUCUCUAUGUGUGCUGCUUCAAACAAAAUAAAGUGAAACCCAAAGGUGCGCGCAAAAAGGUAGUCGCGAAUUGGGAACAUGUUUUUCAAGAGCUGUGCGUGUCAGGUCUCGGAGGUGCCGCUUUAUAAUCCUGUGGAAGGGAACUUGCCUUGAGAGAUGGAGGGAUCAAGGAGCGAUUUUCCAGGCUGUCCCCCUGCAGGACUAAGCCUCUGCACAUCUGAGGGCCACAGGACGUCUGUAUUCCAGUGUGCACAGGAGAGCGGGCAGAAGGAUUCCCUUUGUGUCAUUCUUGGUCUCUCACGAGUCUUUUUGUGCUGUUUUCUCUGGUCUGUUAAUAAAUUAAAUCCUAGCCUUC